CUUUUCAUGUGUCUGUUGGCCAUCUGAAUGUUUUCCUUGGGGAAAUGUCUGUUCAUGUCUUCUGCUCAUUGCCCAGGGUCCAGAAAAGUAUGUGGGGGUAAGAGACUGGGUGUUGGCCUGGUUUAUGCCAGUCUCCUGGGUGAGGAGACUGAGGUAAGCAUAACUAGAAAGAGCAGGUCUUCUGAAGCAGUGUGUGUAGAGUGGGGUGUUGGGGGUUAGGGGUGUGUGUGUUAGCAAAUUAGGCACCACACUGGUUUCUGCAGUUGAUUGCUGUAUAUGUUGAGGGGCAGGGAAGGGUACUGGCACCUGACAGCUCCUUUGUUUCUGGAGAAGUUCAACAGGAGAACACUUUUGAAGCUCAUACUGUCAUUAAGACACUAUGUGACUUUAAAACAACCGCUUCAUCUAACUGGGCUUCAAUCUCCUUUUUUGUAAAAAUGAAAAUGUAGAAUCCAUAGAGAGUCUCCAAAAGUCUCUGUGCUGACAUUUCAUGGAUAUGAUGCUUUAAACUAUGCCCUUGGAGAAAGGAAGAAGCUGGUUCUAUGAUGUCCUCUUUCAGAAGUUAAACUUCAUCUAAGUGACACUAUGAGUGUCUGGUAUGUAAGAGACUGGAUAAUAUGUAUUCCUUUGCCUGAUUAUUGCUCUGCAGAGCCUGAAGGAAUCUCUGUGUGAUUGGAUGGUCUGCCUUUUUUACACUGUACUUACACAGGAAUUACAAAAAAAUGAACAAAAGGGAUCUGAGAAGGACAACCCUUCAGUAAUUGUUCAGACAGAGACCGCCCAAAUAGAAAACACAUGCUGUUUCCUCCCUGCCUGACCAACUUGGCCUUCAGAGUACAAUUUCCCAGGAGAGGGGCUGGGCCUGUCCAAGCAGGAACUGGAGUCAGAGGCUUCCCCCGCUACUCGCUGGGAGAGAAGAACAUUAGGAAUGACUUUCAGCGCCGUAGCUCCUGCACUAUCUCCCAGUAGCUACGCAGCUUCGGGGCAAUCAAACUGCAGCUCAGCCUCACCCCUGCAGGAGUCCAGAUGCAGGCCAAGUACAGCAGCACGAGGGACAUGCUGGACUUUGAUAGGGACACCAUCAUGAGUGUGCCAUCUCGAGCCUCCUCUACGACCCAGCAGCCAGAGGCUGGGCACACAGGGCGCCGGCCUCCCUCUUCAGUUUGGCGUCCAGUGGCCCUGACCCUGCUGACUUUGUGUUUGGUGCUGCUGAUUGGCCUGUUAGCCCUGGGGCUUGUGUUUUUUCAGUUCUACCAGCUUUCCAAUACCCAACAAGACAGCAUUUCUCACAAGGAAGAACGAUUGGGGAAUCUCUCCCGACAGUUGCAGUCUCUCCAAACCAGCAACAGGAAGCUUGCGGAAAUCCUGCAGCGUGUGGCUGAAAAACUGUGUCGUGAGCUCUAUAACAAAAGUGGAGAGCACAGAUGCAGCCCUUGUCCAGAAGAAUGGAAGUGGCAUGGGGACAAAUGCUACCGAUUUUAUAGAGAGAGCAAGAAUUGGCAAGGCUGUGAAUAUUUCUGCGUUGCUGAGAAUGCGACCAUGCUGAAAAUAAACACACAGGAAGUACUGGAGUUUGCCAUGCCUCAGAGCUACUCUGAGUUUUUCUACUCUUAUUGGACAGGGCUAUCUCGCAACGGCAGUGGCAAAGUCUGGCUGUGGACUGAUGGAUCCCUUUACUCCCCCGAACUGUUUGAGAUUACAAUAGAUUUUACCAGCCUAAGAAGCAGAGACUGUGUGACCAUCCUCAAUGGAAAGGCUUUCUCGAAGGACUGCAAAGAGUUGAGGCGAUGUGCAUGUGAAAGAAAGGCGGCCGUAGUGAAGCCCGAGAGCUUCCAUUAGCUUCCCUGAGCCAUGGACUCUCCCACCAUAAUUGCAACGUCAAGGUCCCUUCAAGGAGACUGAAGAUCAGAACAGAAGUCAGUCUGUUUAUGUGCAACUCUAAGAGUUUGGUUUCAGUUCCUAUUUUCUCCCAUGUGGUCCAUAUUUAUACAAUUCAACAAAAAGGUUGAGUCAAGCAAAGUCAAUGCAAAGGAUAUUUGAGAUCUUGGAACAUGGAAAAAAAAUAGGAAAGGCAAUUUUUCUGACUGGUGCAAGAGGGAUUUUCAUGAUCCCCAGCACUUCUGAGCUUGGGUUCAUGCAUGUAUUUAGUCACAAAGAAAUCCCAUGUGCCAACAACCAGUCCCAGAACCUUGCAAAAUUGUAAUUCACCUUCUUGACUUUCUAGUGUUCUAUAACACUUUCUAGUGUUCUUCCUUCUCAAUAUCUAGUAUCAUCUUCCUGUUUUCAUGUCUUCCUUCAUAUUUGGAGAAG